AAAGCAAUUGUCACUCACUGGACAAUGCAUUCCACAGAGCUUGGCCAACUAUAAAUAGUCCAGCAGCCUACGCAUGCUCAUGUUUGAUUGGAAAUUGCAGUGCCUUCAGACAUUGCUGUGGGGUAUCUGUCAAAGGAGGGAAAGAAGCCUGUGAAUGCUCUUGCUAAUCUCUCUUGAGAGACAAAAAUAAGUAACACCACAAACUUUUUUUUCGUCCCUGAGAACUUUUUUUUUUCCUGAGUUUUCCUCGAUCUGGUGGAAAAUGGGUUCACGGAGGAUGACGCGCUCCUCUUUUGGCAACGGAAGAUCCAGUAAUGGGGAUGAUAUCAGUGGGAGUAGCCGGCUCAGUGGCUGCAGCUACCUCUCCAGCGUGAGGCCAGAAAACAGGAGCACGCUCUGCAGUAUGAUGGCACAGUUAACGGAGGAAACGCAGCCCUCCUUCGAAACUACCCUCAAGUCAAAAGCCGUGUCCGAGAAUUGCAAUGUGAAGUUCUCCUGCGUGGUUACAGGACACCCUGCUCCUCAAGUUGUCUGGUAUAAGGAUGAUGUGCAGUUAGACAGAUACUGUGGACUGCCUAAAUAUGAAAUAUUCCGCAAUGGACAAAAUCAUUCCCUGCACAUUUACAAUUGCACUGUGGAGGACGCAGCUAUGUACCAGGCUUCAGCCAGCAACAGCAAAGGCAUUGUGUCCUGCUCUGGGGUUCUGGAGGUGGGUGAAAUGAAUGAGUUCAAGAUCCACCAGCGCUACUUUGCCAAGCUCAAACAAAAGGCCGACAACAGACGCAGGGAAGUGGAAGGGAAAGAAAACCAGGAGCCACUACGAACCAUCAGUCCAGAACGCACACAGAGGAAACGCCGCUCCACGAUGGAAGCCUUUCUCAGCACGCCAAGCUCCAUGGAGGAUGAGGGCAAUGAGGAGAGCCACCAGGCUGUAGCUGUAGAACCUGAAGCCAGGCUGCAGGAGGCUGCUGUGGAAGAGGUGGAAGAAAAGCUGAUCCCCAUCACUAAUGGAGCAGUGUCUCCUGUCGCCAGUGGACAGGCCAUCAGUGAAAACGGUAACAAGAGUGGGACAUAUAUAUAUGACUCUGCCCAAAAGAUUUUUACUGCACAUCAACCCAAAACUCCCUUCAUCAAAAAGAAGAUUAAAAUUUCCAACAGUGCAAAGGUUGCAAAAUCAGACACGCCAGGAGAGCGAGCAUCUGAGGAGAGAAGGGCAAAAGAUGAGACUUCUACCUCUGGAGCUCUGGCCUGCACAGAGUCAGUACAGUCUGAGGGCAAUUCAGAAGAGGUUAUGGAAGUAGAGAAUGCCGUUGUGGAUUCAAACUCCACAAACCUGACAGAACAUCAGGAAUCAGAAACAGCGGAAGUAUUUCUUGUUGAAAGGCCGUCAAAGCAUGAAAACACAUGUACUAAGGCAGCUGUGCCUUCACAGAAGAAACAGUUCAGUGCCUCGGUUUUCCCUGCUGCUCUUAGAUCUACAAGCCAUACUUUGUCAGGAACUGAAGGUAAACAAGCUGCAAAGCGUGAGAAGGAAGCUGGACGCAAAGGUACAGAGGAACAUUUGGAAAAGCAGAACCAAAGUCCCCACAUAACCUCAACACAACUGCAGAUGAGUGCUGCGCCAUCCCAACAACCCCCCAGCAUAGCAAAGGAGGACAUUUCAAAAACAGAACGUGUGACAGUCAUGGACGUUGACGAGAAGUCAAAUACUCCCACUGGUGCAUCUUUAGCACACAGAGAGUCCGUGAACGCACCGUGUGAAAGCGGGGUUGCUUUACCCCAGCGUCCGUGUGAACAGGCUGCAGAUCAGCUGUCUGAGAAGGAAACAAGCUCCUGCCAAAAAAAUGUGUGUGUGUCUGGGCCAGCGCUGCUGAGUGAGGUUACACAUGCCCAGACAAAGAUGAACAGGAAUGAUGCACCUGUCAACCUUGAGCUUCCACUCAACCAGCGUGCGACGGACGCACAACCACCACCACAAAAGACCCCAUCAGAGAGAGAUACGUCGACAGAUGACAUCCAGACCCCUUCUUUGAACAGUGGUCUUCGAGCAGCCAUUGACAAAAUGACACAGGACACAUGGGAUCAUUCCAGAGGAUCAAAUGAAAGCCAUACGGCCCUUUUUACAGACCUACAGAAGUCACCCCUCCAAAGCCCUCGUGGUGGUGAGAACACCCGAGGGUGUAACAUUUCUUCCAGCGCCCAGCAAAGCCAAGUUGAUACAGCUAUAAAAACUGUUGAAGGGACAGAAAUACAAGUUGGUGAGAAGGUAGAGGGUAAGGAGGUAGGUAAGUUAUUAGUGUCUGACAGUGUGGCCCCAGAUGAGAAGAUAGUUGAGAUGGAGACGGAAAGUGCUGCUCUGCACAUGACUGAACACACUGAAACAGAAAAGACCAAAGAUGCAGCAGUUGUGGAUGCAUCUGCUCAAGAAAUGAAGAGGAAUGAGCAUAUAAUAGAGAUAGGAGAGGAAACUAAUUCAGAAUUGCACAAUCUGAAGUCCAAAAUAUCUGAGCCUGCUGUCACGCUCCUAGGAAAAACUCCAGAAAACACAAACUUGCCUGAACCCCAAAUUAAAGACUUCCAAGAAAUCCAAAAACCUGUAACAAAAGUCAUAUCUAUAGCUGAACUUUUGAGAUCACAAAUAAAGGCUCUUGACGCCAUGCUUGCCAAUUCAGUGACCACCAUACCAGUUCGUGUUGAAGAUUCAACUACAACUUUUACAGAAACGUGUAAGGAAUUAAAAAAGGAUGAAAGCAAAUGUAAACAGGAAGCGAAGAAGUCGAUGCCUGACAGGAAAACUGAGACGCAUGUUGACAAUGCUCCUCCCAGAAACUUAAAGGAAACACUCAUGGAGGUUUAUCAUCAACUACAUAAAACUGAUCAGGAACAGAGUCAGACUCAAGGUGCAACUUCACCACCUGCUCAGGCCUUACAAAAACCUCUUGUAACCACACCUAAAUCUGUUGUAGACACUGGCACCACUGUAGACACUGCAGGACCUCAUGGCAGUGCCAAAAAAUACAGUGAAGGUGUGACAGACAUUUGCCAGGAAACUGGAGCAUCGACCCUGGUUACUCUGAAAGAUUACCCCGUUGUUUCCCUGUCUGGGACUGAAAAUGUCAAACACAAUUAUCUUUGUUCGACUUCUAAGGACAAACUGACCAACAGAUCACUUUCAAACCAAUCUGGAACUGUCAGUCGAGACCACGGGACUCCACUUACAGAGACACCUAUAAUGGUUGCUAGUCAAGAGUCAAAUAUUAAUAUUUCGGAGCAUGUCAAAGAUAAACCAGUUCAAGGCAAGGACGUGGGAUUUAAACAAAAGUUAACUCCAGAAAUGAAACGUAACAGCAAACCUGGAAGGGGGACUAUGGAAACACUUUUAGAUCAAUACAACCUGGAAGACCACAGCACAAAAAACAGUUCUUUGCAGUGUGUAGAAAAGUGUUCCUCUAAAAGUGUACUUGGCACAGGUACAGGAGAGAAUAAUCUUCAGCUUAUUCAGCAGGACAGCUCUACGCUUGUGCAUAGGACUGACUCCUCAGUCAAUCCAACAGGUGAGGUUAGUCCAUUGUUAAAGACAAGAAACUGUGCAUCUCCCAUUCCUUCUGCUACUGCACAAGAGCUGGCCUCUGGGGCCCGACGCAAAAUCCUAACACCCAAGGCCAAAGCCUCAGAGGCCUCAGAGGCCACAUCACCGGUUGAAAGCCCAACCCAGAAAAAGGAAGUUUCUGCACAGAGCAGCAAGCCUUCCACGAGUCCCGUGACCCUCUGUAUGCCCCAAAGCCCGUCACGACAAUCAGCUUUGCUGCAGCCCCCUGGUGAGCAAAGCUCUCCCGCAGAAAGACGUUCUCCGCUCUUGAGCAGGAGGAAGAUGACGUCUGAGACUCAAGCACCAAGCCAGCAGCCCAAAACUGAGGGGAAACCGGCAGAGAAGGACAAGCAUGACCCAUAUAAAGCUCCUCAAGUUAUACGUAAAAUCAGGGGCGAAACCUUUGCAGAUGCCUCGGGACACUUGAAACUGUGGUGCCAGUUCUUCAACGUCCUUUGUGACUCUACAAUCAAAUGGUACAGAAAUGAAGAGGAGAUUGCUCAGAUUAAAAGACAUGCAGGGGAUGAAACUCAGGUCAAUCUGGCCAUUGUUCAGGCGUCAUGCAGAGACUCUGGUGUUUACGGAUGCACGAUCACAAAUGAAUAUGGGACAGACUCAACGGACUGUCUUCUUAGUGCAGACAUCUUGGCUGGAAUGUCCCUCUGUGAGGACCUCGGAGUUGGAGAAGAGAUCGAAAUGACGCCGCUGAUAUUCAACAAGGGUGUGGCUGAUUCUGGCAUCUGGGGCAACAAAUUCUUUGGCCGUAUAAUGAUGCAGGAAUCUCACAUUGGUGAUGGCUGCUCACAUAAAGUGUGGAGAGCGAAAGUCAUCUAUGGUCUGGAGCCUGUGUUUGAGUCUGGAAACACGUGCAUCAUAAAAGCACGCAACCCCAUCGCCUAUGGAGGCAAAGGAGAAAGCUGCCUUAUAGAGAGGAACCUGGACAUUGUCAAGCAGGAGUGUAAAAUCCAGAACUUGGCUCGUGAAUACUGCAAAAUCUUCUCCACGGAAGCAAGAGUUAUUGAAAACUUUGGCCCCUCUCUUGAGGUGAUGCCAGUCUACUUGAUGUACCGACCUGCAAACGCUGUCCCGUAUGCCACCGUGGAGGCUGAUCUGACAGGAGUCUAUCAGACAUACUCCGCCCUGGAUCAUACAGGCAGAAUGGAUAUGAAGACUGGCUCUGAGGUGGAGCAGAAGUGCUGCGCCCUGCAGCACUGGAUCUUUCAGUGGACCAAUGGCAAUCUGCUGCUCAGUCGGCUAGAAGGUGUUGACACUAAGAUCACCAAUGUUGGAAUCUCAGUGAAAUCGACAGGGCAUCAAGGUCUUUCUGUUGAUGGGAAUCCCAAAGUUUUUGAGCAGUUUGUCUCCCAGCACCAGUGUAACUACUUCUGUGGUCUGCUCAGCCUGAGGUCACUAAAGGUCAUGGACUCUUUAUUGACGCCAACAAAGCCCAAAGGCUCCAGGAGCCCCUUACUUCAACGCAAGAUGGCUGCCGGCUCCUCCAGCCCUCAGACCGGCCGGAAAUCUGCUGGCAGCCCCAGACUGCCCAGGAAGACGGAGCAGGAGGGCAGAAAGACCCCCACUAAACAAAAACCUGCCGAUGCUCCCAAAGUUGUUAAGAUGGAAUAAAGUAAUUAGACAUGUGGAGCAGUAUCCUGAUCAUAUGCCAUGUUUAAACCAGCCACUAUUGGGCUCGUAUCAGCAAAACAUGACAGGAGGAACUGGAAGAAAGACAGAAAGCUAAUGACGCCUCUAAUUUUGGGGUGAGGUAAAAAACCCCUCAGUGACCAGGACAUUGAUUAAAAAAUAAUAUGACUUAACUAUUUAAUUUUUACAGCCACCAUUCCUCUCCAUUAUCACUAAUUGUGGAUUGAUGCCCUCACAUGUUGUGGUGAAUAUCUAGUGUACCCUACAUUCGGCACAGUUUAUGCUAGUAGUGAUUAGUAGCUUUCCUGGGUUUGUAUUCUAUCAAUCCAUGUACCGCUGUAGGUGACAGAUUGUGGAUCUCAGUCUCAGGUAAGUCUAUUUGUACUAAAUGAAUGUGCAAAAUAAAACAUUUUGAACUGAAGUGGCAUUAUAUGUAGCCUAUGUGUAAUUUUCGAUGUAAGAGCACAAGCAUGUAUCUUCUGUAGUCACCCUUGUGAGAAUGUAGGGGAAUUAUUGUGUCAAUUGAAGUGAAACCACAACGUGGAUAUACAAUAAGCUCCAUGGUCAUACAGCAUGUUUUUAAGGCUGCGAGACUUCAGUUCAUGUGACACUGUUGUACAGUGGCUAACGGUGCUGUGCUUUUAUAUUGUACCCUGUCAUGUUUACUUGGUGUUCUACCUUGCACUGCAUUUUUAGACACAGUACUGCACCUUCGAAUGCGACUGCCUGUAAAAUAAAAGAUAUG